AUGUCUAGUCGUGACCGUUUUAAGCUGCAGCAAGAGUCACUAAGCCACAAACGUGAAGCCAUGAAGCUUUGGAGGGAAGGUAAAAUGGAAGAAGCAGAAGCUGAGUUGGAAAUCGCCAAAACUCUUGAAGCUCAGUUAGAGGAUGCAACAUCAUCCUCUAAAUCAGAACAAAUGGACGAUGUAGCAGUGGAAGAUUUUCUCGAUCCUCAACUCAUGUCUGCCCUCAAAGCUAUUGGACUGGACAGUUCUGUGAAACCCCGAAUCCAGACAACGAGAGUGAUAAUGCGGAGCGGAUAA